AUGAGCCCCGGCACUCCUUCCCAGCAGUGCCUUUCUGGAGAGGCACGGGGCAGGCAGGGGGAUGGCUGCCCGCCGGCGCCCGCAGCUCUGCCCGCCACGGAGCCCCGGCUGCUCGGGGCAGCCGCCGCGGCGCUGAGCGGCCUGGGCGGGCGAUGUGCGGGGCGCAGGGAGGGCAGGAGCCAGCCCCGGCCGAGCAGAGCUGAGCCAGUUCCUGCCAGCAUCCCUGGAAACUGUGAGCCCCUAACACCCACAGCUGAGCCCUGGACAGCCCUGGGGCCGAGCUCCUGCCCUGCUGACAGGGAUGAAGUCAGCACGGAGCUGAGCCAGGGCUGUGCCAGGGGCUGUGACCUGUGCUCCGAGUUCAACGGGUGCCUGAGGUGCUCCCCCAAACUCUUCAUCCUCCUGGAGCGCAACGACAUCCGGCAGAUCGGGAUUUGCCUGCCCUCCUGUCCCCUGGGCUACUUCGGCCUUCGCAACACGGACAUGAACAAGUGCAUCAAAUGCAAAAUUGAGAACUGUGAGUCCUGUUUCAGUCGAAACUUUUGCACAAAAUGUAAGGAAGGUUUGUAUUUGCACAAAGGGAGAUGCUACGUCACGUGCCCCGAAGGCUACGCUGCUGCCAACGGCACCAUGGAGUGCAGCAGUCCUGCACAAUGUGAAAUGAGUGAGUGGGGGCCGUGGGGGCCCUGCUCCAAGAAAAGGAAGCUCUGUGGCUUCAAGAAGGGCAAUGAGGACCGGACACGGCGGAUCCUGCAGGCGCCCUCUGGGGACGUGUCCCUGUGCCCUGCCACCACGGAGGUGCGGCGCUGCACGGUGCAGAAGAGCCAGUGCCCCGAAGGGAAAAGGAAGAAAAAGGAAGAGCAAGGAAAGCAAGAUAAUGGGAAUAGAAAUCGGAAAGACACCAAAGACACUAAGUCUGGCACCAAGAAGAGGAAGAACAAACAGAGAGGGGCCACGGUGCCCGCGACGCCCGCUAGCCCUGCCCAGUAGCUGGCAGUGUGUCAUGGAUGGCAAGACUCCAUUGCUGCUAUGUAUAUGAAAGCUUUAUUGAACAGAGCACUGCUACACCAUGUAACGUGUCCAGAGACAGACAUAUACUCCAGACUGACCCACGGACUGACAGA